AUGGCUUAUAAGAAAGUCGGACCACCACCAAAGGGACUCCCCCCUCUUCCACAAUUACGUAUCAGAAGACCUGUGAGUGCAGGAUCCCAAGCUAGUAAUCCAUGCACACUUGCCAUGUCCACUUUGCUCAACUGUUGGGCUUCUAACGGAGGUGAUGGCGCUGCUGUCUGUUUACCGUUCGCUAACGAUUUGAAAAAGUGCAUGGAAACUCAAAAGAGUGACCAAGGUGCCAGAAAUAAUAUUAAUUAUCAUACUGCUAGAUUGUAUCCUAAGUUGAAGGGUCGUCGUGAUUAG